AUGGAGUCACAAAGAGAGAUUAAGGAUCCAAUUCAACAACAAAGCCAUGAGAAUGUUCCACAACAUCAACUACACCAACAACAACAACAAACUAGUCCCACCCAGAGAGUAAAGGAAUUCCAGAGCUCUGAAGAGCCUGUUAUUCAACAACAAGGUUCUGGAUCAGAGGCCAAGGAGGGCGAAUACCGACCGAUCUCUACUGGUCCAAUUUCCGAGGAGCAGCAAUUGCACCAACAACAAAUUCCCCAACAAAAGGAGUCACCUCCUGUGUCCGAGGAGUUCAAGAAGAAGAUUGGUUUGGAAUCCAAGGAGGAGGGCGAGGUCCAAGGCCCGGGUAUAGGUCUAGGUCAGGAGAAGGACAAGGACAUUGGUGUACAAUCGGAUACCUCUCAACAUCCCGGCGAAUCCAAAGAGUCCUACCGUGAGAGAAUGGCAAAACUCAAGCAUAACAUCGGUGAUGCUAUUGGUACAGCUUGGGGAGACACCAAGCAUGCUUUCCACGAGACUGGGGAGAGGAUCCAUGAGACGGGCUCACACAUCAAGGGUCGUGCAGUUGGAAUGUUCCACCACGGUGAGAAGAAGGAUGAGACCUCCCCAGAGGUCGUGGAGGAAGAGCGCCAAAUCCUAGGUACCCAACAGGAGGGUCAGCCUGGUUCUGAUUUGGAGGAGGCCAAGAGAACAUCCGAGAAACAACAUGAACAACUACCCCAACAACUCGAGGUCCUAGGCUCCAAGGUGGGCACUCAAGAGGGAGUCCAGCAACAACAAGUGGAGCCACAAUCAUCCCCCAAGGUUCUACAUCAGGGUGAGAAGCAGCAGGAGCUACAAGAACAAAUAGAGCAUGAACAGAGGGAGAGGGAUAUGGAGCGUGCCACAACAGUGACUGAGUAA